CGCACCCAUCCGGAAUACCCUCAGCCCAUACAUACGGAUGAUCUCCCUCUAUGUAUCCAGCUACAUAUUAUUAUUGCUAUUAUUACUAUCAUAAUUGCCAUUAUUAUUAGGCACCAUGUUUUCUUAUUCAGCCAUGGCUUCGAACCCUAUCUACUGCCCACCCAUGCAGCCAUCCUAUUCCACCGGCAGUGAAGGCUCUCUGCAGUUCUCAUUCAGCUAUCCUGACGUUUACGCUUCAUCGUUGGGAGAAUCCGACAUGCCCUCGCCACAGUCAUCACCCCAUCAGUCCUCGAUGCUGGCGCCGUCCAGUCCAUUUGAUCAGGCCGAGUCUUAUUACUUUGACUUAACUACCGCUUCCCUCGGUCUUCCUCCUCAGUCUCCUGCUUCCCUCGAAAGUCAGAUGAGUCUACCAUACGAUACGCAGGCUCGCUGGCCGCAAGGAUGGGAGGCAGAUCUCCUCCUGCUGCCCUCCUCUUCUUCCCCUUCUUCCGUUUCCUAUUUGGCUGAAGCGGCCGAUCUACCUCCUGGGCCAUCAUCAUCCAAGCCGCCAAAACCAUACACCUGCACCACCUGCGGCCGGUCGUUCACACGCUCUGCCGACCAGAAACGACACCAGUCAAGUGUGCACUAUCCUGUGUAUCAAGACUGUCCGAUCGAAGAUUGUCCGCGCAAAGGGAUCAAUGGUUUUCCCCGUCGAGACCACCUAAUGGAACACAUCCGUUCGUUCCACAACAUCGACGUUCCCAAACGGGUGGCUUCAAAGAGAGUCACCAAAUGAACCCACCUAGCUUACAUUCCCUUUUUUUCUUCUCCUUUUCUUCCCAAGACCUCUUUCAGCUGUCUUUCUUCUUUUAACUCGUUGAGACGACUAUAGAUGGGGAUCCGGCGUUGGGUUGACUGACAUACUUUUUUUUUUUUCCCUUCUUUCUUUCUUUUGUCUUGAAGGAGAAUUCUGGCUAUGAUGUUAUGAAUCGUGGGUUCCAGCCCCAUGUAUAGAUUAGAUGAUGAGA